CAUGCGCGGUGCGGAGUGUGAAGGGGGGCCGCGCGCGCGCAAACACACACACACACACACACACACGAACAGCUCCGCCGCUGCCGCCGUCCCCGGGGCUCGCAGCAGCGCCUCCCGCAGCCGCAGCGCCCGCCCCGCGCGCCCCCUCCUCUGCGACGCGGGGAGGAGGAGGGGGGGGGGCAGCCGGCCGAACCGCCACCAUGUCCGGGCGAGGCCACGGGAAACUGCCCACCACGGAGCGCAUCGUCAAGGCUGUCCCGUUCCCUCCCACGCAGCGGCUCACUCUGAAGGAGGUGUUUGAGGAUGGGAAGCCUAGGCUUGAUGUCUUGAAGAGCCACUUGGUAAAGGAAGGGCGUCUGGAAGAAGAUGCGGCACUGAAGAUCAUCAACGAUGGGGCUGCUAUCCUUAGGCAUGAGAAGACAAUGAUUGAAGUAGAGGCUCCGAUCACAGUGUGCGGUGACAUUCAUGGGCAGUUUUUUGACCUGAUGAAGUUGUUUGAAGUUGGAGGAUCACCCAAUAACACCCGCUACCUCUUCCUGGGAGACUACGUGGACAGAGGCUACUUCAGUAUAGAGUGCGUGCUGUAUUUAUGGAGUUUAAAGAUAAAUCAUCCCAAAACGUUGUUCCUCCUCCGAGGAAACCAUGAGUGCAGGCACCUCACAGAAUAUUUCACCUUUAAGCAGGAAUGUCGAAUCAAGUAUUCGGAGCGAGUGUACGAUGCGUGUAUGGAUACAUUCGACUGUCUUCCUCUUGCUGCCCUCUUAAACCAGCAAUUCCUGUGUGUUCAUGGAGGACUGUCUCCAGAAAUCACGUGUCUAGAUGAUAUUAGGAAAUUAGACAGGUUUAAAGAGCCUCCAGCCUUCGGUCCAAUGUGUGAUCUACUCUGGUCUGAUCCGUCAGAGGAUUACGGCAACGAGAAAACGCUGGAGCAUUUUGCCCACAACACCGUUCGAGGUUGCUCCUAUUUCUACAGUUAUCCUGCAGUUUGUGAAUUUUUGCAGAACAAUAGUUUGUUAUCCGUAAUCCGAGCUCAUGAAGCCCAGGAUGCUGGGUACCGAAUGUACAGGAAGAGCCAGACAACAGGCUUUCCAUCGUUAAUCACAAUCUUCUCUGCACCAAAUUACCUAGAUGUCUAUAACAACAAGGCUGCUGUACUGAAAUAUGAAAACAAUGUCAUGAACAUCAGGCAGUUCAAUUGUUCCCCUCAUCCGUACUGGCUUCCAAACUUCAUGGAUGUCUUCACAUGGUCCUUGCCUUUUGUAGGGGAAAAGGUCACCGAAAUGCUCGUUAACAUCCUCAACAUAUGCUCCGAUGACGAGUUGAUUUCAGAUGGUGACGAGACAUUGGAAGAUCACUACAUUUCAAGCUAUCAGAAAGGUGGGACAACAGUCCGUAAAGAGAUCAUCAGGAAUAAGAUUAGAGCCAUUGGGAAGAUGGCACGCGUCUUCUCGGUUCUUCGAGAGGAGAGCGAGAGCGUGCUGACUCUGAAAGGCUUGACUCCCACAGGUACGCUGCCCCUGGGCGUGCUCUCAGGGGGGAGGCAGACCCUGCAGACCGCCACAGUAGAAGCGGUAGAGGCACGGGAAGCCAUCCGUGGAUUUUCCCCACAGCACAAGAUCCGCAGCUUCGAAGAAGCCCGAGGGCUGGAUCGCAUUAACGAACGCAUGCCGCCACGCAAGGAUUCAGUGCACUCAGAUGGGCCGGUGAACUUGGUAACCUCAACAAACUCUGCGGACAAGAACGGCACGGGGAAGAAAACCCAGUAACGGCCCGAGUGCCCAAUCUGCACCACUAAAAGGAUCCAAAACUUAAUGAAUUUUAUUUAUUUAUUAUUGGGGUGGGGUGGGGGCAGGGAAGAAACCAACUUCACCUUGGAGGCACGUUCAUAAUCCAGUUUGCAUCCAUUCUGUAAGAAAGGUGACCAUUUUGUAAUUUUUUUAUUUAUGUUCGAUAUAUAUAUAAAAAAAAAGUCCAUCUUUUUUUAAUUUAGAAACCAAUCUUAACCGCUAGCGCAUAUACGAUGUGUUGUUCUGUACAGCUGACCUCUCCUCCCCACGAGGCAAACCUCAAGGGGGGGAUUAAACAAAACAAAACCAGUCCCAGGCAACUUGGGUCGUUGACUUUGGUAGCGUUCUGAGUUAGCCUGUGCUUUCAAAAGUAGGUCCUUUAAUGGAAAAUGGGGUUGGUUUGGGAUUUUUUUUCUCUUCCUCUCCUCUUCCUCUCCUCUUCCUUUCCUCUCCUCUUCCUUUCCUCUCCUCUUCCUUUCCUCUCCUCUUCCUUUCCUCUCCUCUUCCUUUCCUCUCCUCUUCCUUUCCUCUCCUCUUCCUUUCCUCUCCUCUUCCUUUCCUCUCCUCUUCCUUUCCUCUCCUCUUCCUUUCCUCUCCUCUUCCUUUCCUCUCCUCUUCCUUUCCUCUCCUCUUCCUUUCCUCUCCUCUUCCUUUCCUCUCCUCUUCCUUUCCUCUCCUCUUCCUUUCCUCUCCUCUUCCUUUCCUCUCCUCUUCCUUUCCUCUCCUCUUCCUUUCCUCUCCUCUUCCUUUCCUCUCCUCUUCCUUUCCUCUCCUCUUCCUUUCCUCUCCUCUUCCUUUCCUCUCCUCUUCCUUUCCUCACAAUUGUCUCUUCCCCAGAGUUUGCUGUUGUUUCCUUCGCCUUCUUGCCUACCUGCAGCUGCCACUUUGGCAAGCGUGUCCGUGGAAGGCACCUCACGUGGUGCGACUGGCUGGGAUCCGUCCCUCUUCAAAGGUGGCAUCCAAAUAGUCAGGAUAAGUUCUAAAGGAUCGCGGUUUCUUACAACAAUCAGGACACCUUUUCCAUCAGUAGUUCACUUCUAUUCCAGCUCAAAAAGUAACCGGGAAGGCAAGUGGGAAAAGCAGUGCCCCUUGUUGCAGCUCUUCCCAAAGCUCCAGCAGCCAGACAGAUGCCGGAUUUUAUCAGCCAGGGCUGCCAGUGCAGCAUGAAUCCCACUGGGAAUCCCUCUGAUUCAGAGCAGAGGAAUGAUCUCUGGUCUUUAGCGAUCCACAGGGCUUUGGGAAGUCUGAGUUUUAAAGGAAAAGGCUCAUUUAUAACCUGUGGGCAGAAAGACCCCUGCUUCCACCACCACAUACUGCGGAGCCUGGGGCACAUUCCACUGCUCUGGGAUCUGAGAGAGAUUGAGUGAAUCUGGCAGGAAUUCUGGAAUGUUUGUGCAGGGCUGGGGAAUCUCCUGGUGACAGAAGGGUUUCCAGAGGACCCUGCAAGGAUCGAGAACCUCAGAGCCUCGUUCUUUCACUUAAACUUUGAAGCGAGUGUUGAAAAGGGAUUUUAUGAGGUUCCCAUUCGGUCACGUCCCUUCCCUGCAUGACACCUCCCAGGGAGGUGGUCGAGUCGCCUUCCCUGGAGGCGUUUAAGGAACGGGUGGAUGAAGUGCUUAGGGACAUGGUUUAGGGAGUGUUAGGAAUGGUUGGACUCGAUGAUCCAAUGGGUCCUUUCCAACCUUGUGAUUCUGUGAUUUGGGCCAGUGACUGCAGAGUCAAAGCAGCUGCUUUCAGAAGCAAAUCCCUUGCCAGCUUUCACUUCUUUUCCAACUUACUGUGCUUUCCCCAAGCAGGGCAGCAGGUGAGCGGGCUGAGCCUCUGAGUAGGGAUAUUUGCCAACCCUUUCUCUGGAUCUUGCUGUCUUCCCUUUGUGCUCCGGCCCCAAGCUGCCGCGCCAGAGGGAAAGAGCAGCUUUGCAGGAAGCUUCCAAACUCUCUUCUAAUCAUAUGUCACUGACUUCCAUGCCGGCUCAUCUGUGAGCAGGCCACUGAGGUCUCACAAGAGACUUUUUGAGUCAUAUGCCUC